UCCUGGCAGGGGAGCAGGGCCGGCAAACGCCGAGCGAAUAUACCCAGCGUCUCUUUUCGAGCAGGCCCCUCUCGCUCUUUAGGGAGGCGAGCUAACUAGGGAAGCGGCCACAGCUUCUAAUCAAAUAAAGACCUGUGGAGGAGUUGGAGCUGGGAGAGGGUUGUGCUGAGAGAGCCAGGAGGAACGGCGAGGGAGGUGGCCGGGUUUUAGAAAGGCCUGGCCUGUAAGUGAGGAAACGUGGGUUUUCGAGCUGGGCCAUCUUCUGGCGAAGGUGGGAGGGAUGAUGUGACCAUCCCUGUUUUUGCUUUUCGGCUUUUCUCGACUUCGAGGGCGAAUAUCGCUUUAAGUUUUUGAAAAGCUUGUGUGUAACAGGAAGUGCUAUUUACUAAAGCUCUUCAAAACUUAAUUUAAAAGCUCCAAAAGGCAAUCAAAAGAUCUACUCAACUGCUUUGCACAAUGACCCAGGAGAAAAGCACUGGACCAAAUUUGGAAGAAGAACAAAGCCAGAGCCACAAUGAACAAAAACCUGAUUCUUGUUCUGAUACAAAUAUAUUAACAGAGGAAAAGACUAAGCUGGAACAGCAAUUAAAGGAAAUAACUGAUAAAUAUAAACGUGCUCUGGCAGAUACAGAAAAUCUGCGGCAGAGAACUCAGAAAUUGGUAGAAGAAGCAAAGUUAUAUGGAAUUCAGAGUUUCUGCAAGGACUUACUGGAAGUUGCUGAUGUUCUGGAAAAAGCAACUGAGUCUGUUCCCAGAGAAGAACUUAAAGAUGAAAAUCCCCAUUUGAAAAAUCUUUAUGAAGGUCUUGCCAUGACUGAAGUUCAAAUACAGAAAGUGUUCAAAAAACAUGGAUUGGUGAAAUUGAAUCCUCUCGGAGCCAAAUUUGAUCCUUAUGAACAUGAAGCAUUAUUUCAUGUCCCCACAGAAGGGAAAGAACCGGGCACUGUAGCUUUAGUAUCAAAGGUUGGCUAUAAAUUGCAUAGCCGUACUUUAAGGCCUGCAUUGGUAGCUGUUGUGAAGGAACAAUAGCAGUCUAAUCUGAAAGAAUUAAUAAGUAUCACAGAUACUAGUUAGAUUUCUUAAUAAUGCCCCAUUAUAUAGAGGUGAUUCACCAAGUGAGUUGGGAUACAGAGAAAAAUGAUGGAUGAUAAAGCGUAUAAAACAAUGUAAAAAUGUUUUUAAAUGAAUGUAUAUAAUGUGGAGAGAAUGCAAACUACUAACAUAAACUACAAUAUCAAAUUAUACAUAGUAUCUUUUCAUUAAUCUAAGUCCUCAAGGAUAAUUUAUCUAAUAACCGAGCAAUAAGAAUGCCAUAUAGGUUAUUUCCACAUUGAGAUCUUUUGAACUGUUGGUGUCAUGUUGUUUAUGCUUCUAUUCAAGCCCUAUCCUUAAGCUGAGAUGGAGCUUUGAUGGAACAAAUGGUGGCAAGAUAUACAUGCACAACCAAUAAUGGCAUCAUCCUAUGCGUGUUAUGAGAUUACUGGAAAUCAUUCCUUGUUGAUGCCGCUUAGCAUUUCAUAAAUGCUUUAAUUCAUAUAAAGGUGUCUUAAAAUAGUAUGCUAAAGGAAUAUGCAAUUAGUCUAAAUACUGUUGUUAAUUACUUACCUUUGAAUUGAGAGUUGUUUUGCAUCACUGAGAAGACACUAUUGGAAAGAAGCAAAAUGAACAGGUGGUGUAGAAGACUGACAUGCAACUAAGCUAAAUAUGAAUGCCUUUAAAAUUGACUCUUGCUCAAGAGGGUCAGCUUUCCUAUUUAAGAGCACAGCAGCUUUCCCUUUUUUCCCUUUGUCUUUCCUUCAUGUCAUCUCACUGCAAUCUUUUUCCUCAUAUGAGGAAAUGCAGUUGAUAUUUCUCAGUGAAGUUACUAUGCCCCAUCUCUUUUCUAUUUUUUCUGAAGGGUGAGAAAUAGGGGUAUCAUGGACAUUUCUUUGUAUUAAUGGUCUGUACAUAAGUAGUAGUUGGUAUAUGCAGAAGGGAAUCAAUUUUUAACUAGUGUCGUCUUGCAUUUAAGUUUGAUAAUGACAGUAAUGAAAGUUCAUUAUUAUACUUGGCAUGUUGUUCACAUAAAUCGUAAUAAUGAGAGAUCACAUGAUAAAAGUCACACAAAAUGAGGUUUCAUCAGAAGGCUGAAGAAAGGUACCUGCACUGCAGGGGUCAGCAACCCACGCUCUGGAACCGCAUGUGGCUCUUUCAAUCCUCAGCAGCUAUGGCCCCGGUGCUGGUCGGCUCCACAAUUGAUAGGGCUUUCAGUUAGGAUAGGAGAGGAAAAAGGAUGCCAUGCUAGGAGGAGACCAUGGUGGGGGAAUCGGACUUCCGGUCGGCUCCAGAAUUGAAUGGGGGGGUUUCUGGUUAGGACCUUUGUGGCUCUGAGUGUUUUAAGGUUGCCAACCCCUGUGCUACAGAAACAGUGGUUUGUACUUCUGCUACUUCAUUAGUAAGAAAGUGUUAAAUAGAACUGUAAUUUGUGACUUUUGUAUUCACUGGUGUAUGCAAUUUUUUCCUAUUGAAUUGUAUCAUAAAAUGCAAGCACCAGAAAAUGACAACAUAUGAUCUUUAAUGUUAAAAUGUUUAGCUGUAUUGUUUUUGUGAUAAUCUUGGAAGAUUUUUGUUAUUUUUUUAGAUUAAAUUGUGCCUGCAUGCA